AUGUCUCCAUCAACGGCUUCCCACGAUCUCAAGUCCAAAAAGGACAAGUUGGAUGUUGAGUUUAACGAACAAUCCACGGCGACAUCUUCGACUGUCGAGGUAGAGACCGAGAAGAAGCGAGAUACUGGUACCGAUGAAGAAGUUGCCGUUGCAGAAUCUGUGCCGCAGGAUUCCGGCGACUACCCAUCAGGUCUCAAGCUCACAUUCAUCGUGGUUGCGCUUGUACUCAGUGUCUUUCUCUUUUCUCUGGAUCAGACCAUCGUUGCAACCGCCAUUCCAAGGAUUACUGACGAGUUCAAAAGCAUCGACGACAUCUCGUGGUAUGGUUCGUCCUUCUUCAUGACACUUGGGGGAUUCCAAUCUAUGUGGGGGAAAGUGUACAAAUAUUUCCCCCUUAAGAUCAGCUUCCUGAUGGCCAUUUUCAUCUUUGAACUUGGGAGCUUGAUCUGCGGUGUCGCUCCAAACUCUCCCGCCCUGAUUGUUGGGCGUGCUAUUGCUGGCGUUGGCGCCGCGGGCGUCGGGUCCGGAGCGUACACAAUUAUUGCUUUCGCUGCUGAGCCCAAGAAGAGAGCCACCUUAACCGGGGUUAUUGGCGCCUCAUAUGGCCUCGCCGCUGUUACUGGGCCACUCAUUGGCGGAGCGUUUACGAAUACGGUCUCCUGGCGGUGGUGUUUCUAUAUCAAUCUCCCGAUCGGUGGUCUCGCCGCUUCCAUCAUCUUACUUUCCUUCAAAGCUCCUCCGGCGGCGAAACCGGCUGAGGCUACGCUCCGGGAGAAGUUUCUGCAAAUGGACCCCCUGGGGACCGCGCUCAUUAUGGGCGCCGUCAUAUCCUUCCUCGUUGGUCUUCAUUACGCUGGUUUAGGGAAGCCGUGGAAUUCCAGCACCGUCAUCGGCUUACUCGUCGGCUGUGGUCUCAUGGCCAUUGCCUUUGGGUUUCUCGAGUCCGUCCAAGGCGAACGCGCGAUGUUGACACCGCGUCUUAUGCGCAUGAGAAACGUCUGGGUCAACGGCAUAUACGGGGCCUUCUUCGCUGGUUCGUACUUCGUUCCGUUGUACUAUCUACCCAUUUACUUCCAGAGCAUCGACAACGCGACGCCCAUUGGCUCAGGUGUGCGCAAUUUGCCGCUCAUCAUUGCCUUUACAAUUGCCACCAUUGGCUCGGGUGGAAGCAUCUCGAAGACGGGCAUUGCAACCCCCAUACUGCCAGUCGGCUCUGCUAUCGCCACCAUCGCGGCCGGUCUUCUCUAUACUCUCGACAUCGGGACUGGGGCAGGCAAAUGGAUUGGCUACCAGAUUCUUGCCGGCUUUGGAUACGGCCUGUCGUUCCAAGUCCCGAUCAUCGUGAGCCAGGGAACUGCUGACCCUAGCGACUUGGCUUCUGUGACAGCUAUUAUCCUAUUCUUCCAAACCAUCGGCGGUGCAGCUCUGAUUGGGGCCGCGCAAUCCGGCUUCGUCAACCAGCUCUUGAACAAGCUUCCCAGCACCGCGCCGGGCGUCAAUCCCGCUCUAGUCGUGGCCGCUGGCGCCACUGAGCUGCGCGAGGUAUUUUCGGCAGACGAUCUGGAUGGUAUCCUUGUUGCGUACAUGGCAGGUAUCAAGGUUGCUUUUGCAAUUACUAUCGGGGCCGUGGGCUUCUCGUUCCCAAUAAGCUUGCUUAGCAAGUGGAAGAGAAUCUCAACAGCAGCUUAG